AUGAGGUUUUUAUGCCUUCACGGGUUAGGAACUAACAAUAUUCUCCACGCAAACUGUAUCCCUCAGUACCCCAUUACCACCAAAACGUAUAACUAUUUCGAUGUCAAUGACGCCAGGUCCAUGUUACAAGCGCUUGUACAACUAGACACUUUUAUUAGCCUGGAAGGGCCAUUCGAUGGCGUGAUCGCAUACUCACAUGGUGCCGGAUUCAUAGCAACCUACAUCGUCGAGAAAGCGGUCCUGAACGCACAGCCCCCCUUCAAAUGCGCAAUUUUCUUUUCCGCGGCCCGCCCGGUGAACCCCGAAAGUCUUAGGAAUGGAGAGCUCCGGUUCAUGGACGGUGAAACGGAUGGGGUCAAGAUCACCAUGCCGACCGCGCACAUAUGGGGCGAUAACGAUGAUACGCACCGGGCAUGUCAUCCCAGGAGGAAAGGCAAGGGAUGCAGUCUUGGAAGUUGGGAAGGCAAUAAAGAGGACACUUGA